GUGACGUCAAUCCAGGUCCCUGCAGCAGCCUGAGCAGGUUCAGCCGGGUGAGCGGCGGCUGCGGGAAAGAGGAGUCUCUCAGAAGAUGUACCUUACUUGGUGAAAAAAGAAGUUUCAACAAUGAAUCCUUGUCUUACUAUGAUUUGUGCCCUAAUGUUCACAGCCUGUGACCUUUCUGUGUCCACACUAUUGUACAUCUGCAGCUGUAAAAAGGCAACUAUUAUUCAAGACAUUGUACAAUUUAAUAUAUUUCAUUCAUUGCUGGAUGUCUGGGCAACCUCUCUGCUGAGAGCCUCCAUAUCCAUUGGAGCUGUAUUAGGAGUAGCAUGGAAUCAAGUAAAUGGUCCUCGGAGGCUGCAGGCAUCUCUUACUCCUAUGACCUUGGUGUGCUACCUCUUUGGUUCUUAUGCUGUCAUUAAACUGCUGCUGUACUCAGAGGAAGAGAAGCAUAUUCAAGAUCCCUGGUUAUGGAGCCUUCUGGUGUGGACAUGGGUAUCCUCAGCCAUCACACUCUUAACCUGGAAACAAAUGGGUGAGGUGACCCCUUGCAGACAAGAGGGAAGAUCUUAUUCUGAAGUGUUUGAUGAUCAGGAGGGCAGACAGAAACAGGACACAGGAAGUGAGAUUUCAGGACCAACUGUAGGAAGAUUAUUAUCUUAUUCUAAACAGGAUUCUGGAUAUUUGUUGGUUGCAUUUGUCUUCUUGCUUCUAUGCACAUUAGGAGAAGUAUUCAGUCCAUAUUACACAGGACUGGUCAUAGAUGGUAUUGUCGUCCAAAGAAGUUUGAAGCAGUUUUCCAAUGCGGUUGUUAUACUAGCAGUCCUGGCUGUGGGGAGCUCAUUCUCUGCUGGAGUACGAGGUGGCCUUUUUACUUUUACAUUUGCAAGACUAAAUAUCCGGAUACGAAAUCUUCUCUUUCGCUCCCUGGUAUCACAGGAGAUUGCCUUCUUUGAUGAGAAUCUAACAGGUGACAUCAUUUCUCGUUUAACGUCCGACACAACAAUUGUUAGUGAUGUGGUUUCUGAAAACGUCAAUGUCUUCCUGCGCAGCUCUGUCAAAGCUGUGGGAGUGAUUGUCUUCAUGUUCAGCCUGUCCUGGCAGCUCUCAUUGCUGACCUUCUUGGGAUUUCCCAUCAUCAUGCUGGUUUCCAGGGUAUACGGCAAAUAUUACAAGAAACUUGCCAUAGAAGUUCAGACUGCAUUAGCAAAGGCCAACAGCACUGCAGAAGAAACCAUUUCUGCCAUCAAAACUGUCCGCAGUUUUGCCAAUGAAGAUACUGAGGCUAAUGUGUAUAGUGAAAAGCUGCAGCAAGUUUACUUCCUGUACAAAAAGGAAGCAAUCGCUUAUACUUACUAUGUGUGGUCUACUGGAUUUACUCAGUUAGUGUUACAGAUUAGUAUUCUGUACUAUGGCGGACAUCUUGUGAUAUCAGGACAAACGACAAGCGGUAACCUAAUAUCAUUUGUUAUCUAUGAAUUUCUUCUGGGAGACUGCAUGGAGUCUAUUGGAUCGGUAUAUGGAGGUUUAAUGCAAGGUGUUGGUGCUGCAGAAAAAGUGUUUGAGUUCAUAGAUCGCAAACCAAAAAUGGUUAAUGAUGGGACCUUCGCUCCUGAGCAUUUGGAAGGGAAAGUAGAGUUCCGAAAUGUCACUUUUGCAUAUCCCACCCGACCAGCAACACAAGUACUUAAGAACCUGUCCUUUACACUGUACCCUGGAAAAGUCACUGCAUUGGUGGGGCCAUCUGGUAGCGGGAAAAGCUCUUGUGUGAACAUUCUUGAAAACUUUUACUCUGUGCAAGAAGGAGAAGUCUAUCUUGAUGACCAGGCAAUAAAAAUGUAUGACCACAAGUACCUACAUGCAAAGUUAUCAAUGGUAAGCCAAGAACCAGUGCUUUUUGCUUGUUCCAUUCAAAGUAACAUCUCCUAUGGUCUAAGUUCUGUUCCUCUUGAAGUUAUUGUAAGUGCUGCCAAAAGGGCCAAUGCACAUAGUUUUAUCAUGGAGCUUCAGAAUGGGUAUGACACAGAAACAGGAGAGAAGGGAGCACAGCUCUCAGGGGGUCAGAAGCAGAGAGUUGCUAUUGCAAGAUCUUUAAUUCGGAACCCAAGUGUGCUUAUUUUGGAUGAAGCUACAAGUGCACUAGAUACAGAGAGUGAGUAUGCGAUCCAGCAAGCGAUGAAUAGUGAUCUGCAGGGCCGCACAGUGCUAAUAAUAGCACACAGGCUGAGUACUGUGGAGAAAGCACACAACAUCAUUGUUUUAGACAGAGGCAGAGUGGUGCAGCAAGGGACUCACAAAGAGCUGAUGGAAGAAGGCGGACUCUAUUCCCAGCUUGUUCAGCGUCAAGUUUCUGGCCUUGGAGAAGAAGGGAAAGAUCAUACCAGUUCACUACAUGUUCCUGCAAAAGAGUCAAGAAUAGGCAAACCUGCCAGUGAGCAAUAAAACAUACUUGAGAAAAGAUUCAUGGGAAUACUUGUGUAAGGAGAUCAAUACAUUGGAAUAAUAAAAAAAAGCAUACAGAAAGUUACUGGUCCACAACUAGAAGACUUUCACAAUUGACUUCCAUUUAGCAAAAGAACACUAAACUGAAUAUUCCGGUGUACUAACUGAUAUGCUGGCUUUUAUCAUUCUUAUCUAGACUUCUCAUGCAUGACUACUGUAGUCAGUAAGAGAGCGUUACUAAUAUGAGAAGUCACUAAAACAACGUAAGUAUAGAAAAGAAUUUAGCUGUGAAUGCAGAGGUACUGUAGUUAUAUGCUUGCUUGUGAAAACUGAAACAUCCUGGUUUUCUACAACUACAGAUGCUAUAGGUCAGAUUAAAAGGAAAAACACGACAACCAGUCACUCCCUCCUUCCCCAGACAGGUAUAUUGAGAGCUGUGCUGGCUUCCUCAUAGACAUCUGAUUGCUAGUGGAUCCUGUCAAAAUCAAUAUAAAUCCACUGACGUAAAUGUAUGUAAUUAUUAUGACCUGUGUAAACAAUUCUUAUGUAGAGACAUGUCAGUCCAUCUGGGACCCUGCCAGUCAGCUAAAUGGAUGGAGAUGUAUUAUAACUGUUCCAAAAACUAGACCAGGCAGGCAAAAGAUGUGCCUGAUCACACAAGCCGUGGCAUGCUCACACUGGCAGAUUUAGAAGUGCGUUUGCAUCAAGUUUCCUGCUCAAAGUUUAAAGGAGUACUCCGGUGCACACUUUUUUCAUGUUAUCCCGUCCGGG